AUGGUUCGCAAAACCAGGACCAAGAGCCGCGCGGCGCAAAGGCAGCCUACUAGGCCGCUCCCAGUCACCCUCCUCUCUGGAUUCCUGGGUAGUGGGAAGACCACACUACUUCAACACAUCCUCCAGAGUGAUCAUGGCCUUCGAAUCGCGGUUAUUGUGAACGACAUUGGAGCUAUCAACGUUGACGCUUCACUCAUCAAACAGACCCAUCGACUCACCAAGACGGAAGAAAAGGUUAUUGCCCUACAGAACGGAUGUAUCUGUUGUACUCUCCGGGGUGACUUGCUCGAAGAGCUGGUCCGCCUUUCUGAAUUGCAAGAGUACGACUACAUCAUCAUCGAGAGUAGCGGUAUCAGCGAGCCUGAACAGGUCGCCGAGACUUUUGACCGCCGUCUUGCCGAGCAGAUGGAUGCGAUGGCUGACGGUGGUGCCGAACUCGAUGCUGAUAUGCUCAAGGUCCUUAAGCAACUAAAAAGAGCCGGCGGUCUCGACAAGUUUGCCCGUCUCGACACUACAGCUACUGUCAUUGACGCUUUCACAAUUUUCAAUGACUUUGACACAGACGACCUCCUCUCUUCACGCCGGGAUGACGUAACACCCGAAGACGAAAGAACCGUAUCGGACCUCAUGGUUGACCAAAUCGAAUUUGCAGACGUCAUUGUUCUGAACAAGGUUGACAUGGUUGAUAAAAAGACCAAAGCUCGCAUCAUCGAGUUGAUUACGAAGCUGAAUCACCGGGCGAAAAUUCUAGAGGCGUCGUUUGGAAAAAUCGAUGUCAAGGAGAUUGUCAACACGGGAAUGUUUGACAUGGCUCGAGCUCAGACUGGAUACGGCUGGCUUCAGGACCUUCACGCAAUGACCUUAAGAGAAGUCAAUGGCCGAAAUGUCCUUACUCCCAAACCAGAGACCGAGGAAUACAAUGUCCGCAACUUCAUCUACGCCCGGAGGCGGCCUUUCCACCCCUACCGCCUCUUCAAAUUACUGCAUGACAAGUUCAUCCUUCAACUUCAACAUCCGGAUGAUGAGGAGGAGGGCGAUGCGGAAGAAGGAGAGGACGAUGAUGAUGACGUUGACAUGAGCAUGGACGACGACGAUCAAAAACCACAAGAUACCUCGGACAAGUCAUCAUCCUCUCGAAGCCCAUCCAUCCAGUCAACAACAAUAACAGUCCCAUCACCCUCCGCUUCUCUACGGGGGUCCAAAGAUGAAGUUGACAUCGAAAUGGUUGACGAUUUGGUCCCGCCUGCCAAUGAAGUUAUCCUCGCCAACAAGAGAGCUGAUCCCCUCUUCGCUCGCCUCUUCAGAUCCAAGGGUGAAUUUUUGCUAGCAACGAGACCACACCGCGCUGGCGAAUGGUCUCAGGCCGGCGGCAUGCUGACCCUCUCCGGAGGUCGCCCUUGGUUCUGCACCUUGCCUCAAGAGGAGUACAUGACUGGAGAUCCCGAAGUCGACGCUCUUGUGCAAUAUGACAUGCGCAACGGCGGCGAGUGGGGUGAUCGUCGGCAAGAGCUAGUCUUCAUCGGUGAGGCUCUCAAUGUUAAGGGCUUGGAGAAGGCGCUUGACGAAUGCCUUCUCACGGACGAGGAGUUUGCCCGCUGGGAGAAUGCCAUGCGCUAUGACGAUAACAGCCUGAGCGACAAGCUGGAUAGAUUGGCUGAUCUGUUUGACGAUGGUUUUCCGGACUGGCCGGAUGAAGCGGAGGAGGAACACGAUCACGCCCCGGAUGAACAAUGUGUCGUACACCCAGUCGGAAGGCGGUAA